UUUUCUCCCUUGCACCUUUACUUCAUAAGUUACUUUUCUCAAAAACAAAAAUAUAUCUUUCAAUAUCUCCUAUAUGCACUUUUCAGCUCUCCCUCACUUAAAUACAUGGAAACAAAACAAUGACGUGUUGAAAAACUCUUUUGUCAAAACUCAAACCUAAUUCAAAAACCAAAGUUAAAACAUCAAUUUUAGUUCACAACAGUCACUACCACAAAAUUAGUAGCCGUUAGACCUCUUUCCCUUUCCAACAAAUAAAUCCCACACUAAUAUUAAUAAUCUGUGAUAGUGUACUAAUUACUAAACUAUUCUCUGAUAUCUUCAAUCUUAGUUGAGACAAAAUACAAACUCCAAAAUUCCCCUCAUUUUCAUUAGAUUUCCAAACAUUUCUCCUUCUUCCUCUUCUUAAUAUACUAUAAAAUCUACUGAAAAACCUCAUCUGUCACCUGGGUUUUUUCAAAAACUUUACUGCAAAAUUUUCAUUCCAUAAAAAGUCAUUUUAUUUCAUCAAAUUCUUACUUAUAAAAGAAUCAUCCUUGAAAUUUUCCGCUUGCCAUUAUUUUAUUUUCUGGGUAUUUUUUGUUUUCAUUGAUUUUCUUACUUCUUCAUCAUUCUUCUAUAAUUCAUAAUCAUUCAUAUUUCUGGUUUUUUUUUUAUUAUCAUCAACAACUCCUAGAAAUUACUUUACUUUUUUUUAUCCGUUUGAGCAUUAAUAAUACCCUAAGUUUCCUGAUUUUAGUUAACUUAUAGCAAAAAAAACCUGAAGAAUUUUUCUCAUAUUUUUUUAUAAUAUUUAUUUUUACAAUAAUAUAACUGGGAAUAUUGAUUUUCGCAACUUAUAUAGUACUAUACUGGAUUUUUUUCUCCUCCCCCCAUUCAACUCCACUUCCUUCACGAUCUCCAUUUUCUUGGGAAAACCAAUGUUGGAGAGAGAAUAAACCCAGAAUUUUCGCUGACCACCGACCCACUCACACCACUAUAUAAAACCGUUUCUUGUCUAACAUUUACUCAUUUUAUCAGCUGCCCCUUUUAUUUUCCUCAUAUUUGGUCAAAAUUUGUAGUAAAACCCACAUUUUGUUUUUUGCACUUCAUACACAAAGUUUACAUCUUUGAUAGAAAAAAGAGAGAUUUGAUUAAUACCCACAUGAUAAAAACCAUGAAUUUUUCAAUGGGAAAAGUGUGGAUGUUGUUUGUAAGUUGUUUGAUUUCUGGGUUUUUGUUAUGGAGUGAGAUUGUUGAAGGACUUGGAGUGAAUUGGGGAACACAAGCUAUUCAUAAGUUACCCCCUAGUACAGUUGUGCAGAUGUUAAAAGAUAAUGGGAUUCAAAAAGUGAAGUUAUUUGAUGCAGAUGAAUCUACUUUGAGUGCAUUUAGUGGUACUAAUAUUGAAGUUAUGGUUGCAAUUCCUAAUGGUGAUUUAGUUGCUAUGCUUGAUUAUGAUCGAGCUAGGAAGUGGGUUGAGAAAAAUGUCACACGCUACAAUUUCAAAGGAGGAGUUAAUAUCAAAUAUGUGGCAGUUGGGAACGAACCUUUUCUCAAGGCCUACAAUGGUACAUUCGAGAAUGCUACUUUCCCAGCCCUGAAAAACAUCCAAAAUGCUCUCAAUGAAGCUGGGGUAGGAAACACUGUAAAGGCAACUGUGCCCCUAAAUGCUGAUGUCUAUGAAUCACCAGAAGGCACUCCAGUACCAUCAGCUGGAAGAUUUAGACCUGAUGUUGCUGAUCUCAUGACCCAGAUGGUCCAGUUCCUAAGCCAAAACAAUGCUCCUUUCAGUGUCAAUAUCUACCCCUUCCUUAGUCUUUAUGGGAACCCUGGCUUCCCAGUUGAUUAUGCAUUCUUCGAUGGAGGAGCAGCACCCAUUGCAGAUAAUGGAAUCGAGUACACAAAUGUUUUUGAUGCCAACUUUGACACUUUGGUUUCAGCCUUAAAAGCAGCAGGGUAUGGGGACUUGCCGAUAAUUGUUGGUGAGGUUGGUUGGCCCACAAAUGGUGAUGUCAAUGCUAAUAUUAACAAUGCUAUCAGGUUCUACCGGGGACUUCUGCCUAGAAUUGCAGCUAAUACAGGUACCCCUUUGAGGCCGGGAAAUAUAGAGAUGUACUUAUUUGGGCUGCUUGAUGAGGAUGCAAAGACAGUUGCCCCUGGGAACUUUGAGAGGCAUUGGGGCAUUUUCCGGUAUGAUGGACAGCCGAAAUUCCCCAUGGAUCUCACUGGCCAAAACCGGGAUGUCUAUCUCGUUGGUGCGAAGGAUGUCACUUAUCUCCAAAACCAAUGGUGUGAAUUUAAUCCAAAUGCUAAAGAUGUAAGCAAGCUUGCAGAAAACAUUGAUUUCGCAUGCACUUUCGCUGAUUGUACUCCUCUUGGGUAUGGCUCCUCUUGUCACGGUAUGGAUGCCAAUGGGAAUAUUUCGUAUGCUUUUAACGUGUACUUUCAGACCCAGAAUCAGAAUCUUGAAGCCUGCAACUUCCAAGGUUUAGCUAGGUUAACGCUGCAGAAUAUCUCGGCUCCAACUUGCAAUUUUACCAUUCAGAUAGCCUCCGGUCUGAGAACUGCUGUACCUGUGGCUUUCUCUUUCAUCACUGCAUUCAUGUAUCUAUUCUUUUCAGUUUGAUCAUGUGGAUAUGUGAUUUUGCCAUUCUUUUGCUUCA